AUGGCCGACUCCCUCGCUUCUCGCAAAUACUUCGACAAUGUUUACAUCCCGGCCGGUUUAAUCAUCCUGGGAUGCGCCAUCACCAAGAGCGAAUGGGUUCCAUACGCUGUUCUGUUGGCGCUUGCGAUGGGUGCCUACAAGUUCAACGCGAUGCAGAUCAAGAAGGUCCUCAAGCCUGACGUCUUCCAGGAGUUUGAGCUCAAGGAGAAGACCAUCAUCUCCCACAACGUCGCUAUCUACCGCUUCAAACUUCCUUCCGAGAAGAGCAUCCUUGGCCUUCCCAUCGGCCAGCACAUCUCCAUCGGUGCAAACUGCCCCCAACCCGAUGGCACCACUAAGGAGAUUGUGCGCUCUUACACUCCCAUUUCUGGCGACCAUCAGCCCGGCUACUUCGACCUCCUGAUCAAGUCUUACCCCACCGGCAACAUCUCCAAGUACAUGGCGUCGAUGAAGGUCGGCCAGACCCUUAAGGUCAAGGGUCCCAAGGGCGCCUUCGUCUACACCCCCAAUAUGGUCCGCCACUUUGGCAUGAUUGCUGGCGGGACUGGCAUUACUCCCAUGCUCCAAAUCAUCCGUGCCGUCAUCCGCGGCCGUCCGACUGGCGACAGGACCGAGAUCGACCUCAUCUUUGCCAACGUUACGGCUCAGGACAUUCUGCUGAAGGAGGACCUUGAUGCUCUUGCUAAGGAGGACAGUGGCUUCCGUGUGCACUACGUCCUGGAUAAGCCGCCUGCUGACUGGACCGGAGGCGUCGGAUACGUCACCGCCGACAUGAUCACCAAGCUGCUUCCCAAGGCUGCCGACGAUGUCAAGCUUCUUCUUUGCGGUCCCCCGCCCAUGGUCAGUGGCCUGAAGAAAACCGCCGAGAGCCUUGGAUUUAAGAAGGCCCGCCCUGUUAGCAAGCUCGAGGACCAAGUCUUUGCAUUCUAG